AAACGGAUUCUCCUGAUACAUGGAUUAAGUGGACAUUAAGAUUUUGUUUUUUAUUUUUAUUAUUUUCUAUUUCUAUGACCAUUAUAGAGUUGUUUUACAGGAGGAGGUGGUGGUGGUUAAUUGUGACACGAGUUGUCUACGACUACAGUGCGCUUGCGUCUGACUCUCAGUCCUUUCAGAACUACAGAAUUACUAUUAUUAUUAUUAUUAUUAUUAUUGUAAUCCUUAGCUUUCCUUGAGUGGAACAUAGAGCUUCAGGUUUUAGUUCUGAAGUUCCAUUAGAAAUGGUGUUUAUCUCGGUUUUUUAUGAGAUUGAGGUUGCUAGUCUCAGUCAUGCCUCUACCACCUAUCAACCAACCUCCCCUCUUUGUCGGUGCUUAUAACCGGCUAAGGCAGGUAAGGUGAAGGUUGUGGACGUUGGCAACUAGGAAUCAGACCAUGGACCAAGUGAGGCGUGGCUGACAAAUAUUCUACAGUUGAACCUUCAACCCACAGGACUACAGAUAUGUAUGAGAAAUUCUCAUUUCAUUUAGUUAGGAAUAUGAAAGUCAGCAAAGUGAACUCUUUUCGUAUCUUCACUUCAGAGCUGUGCAGCUAUCUAUUUAGGCGGUUUAUAUGUGACUGUUAUAUAUGACUGUGCUGAUACUUCGGACUAAAAGUAAUAAUAUUGUGCUUCAGAAUUGAACUGUUGACGGUUCCACGUUCUUUUGACAACCAUGCUGGUAAGUCUUCAUAAGCGCAUGUCUAGACGAUGUCCUGCUGGCACGGUCUGUGUAUUUAGUUCCGCGGGAGCAAGUAAGUAUUGGUGAAUACACACUCAAGUUGUCGACAGCGAGAUCUUGUUUUUGACAUUUAGGUGAAUAAAAUCGUGUUUAAAGAAAAUACGGUAAUGAGCAUUCUUCGAAUUUCUGUCGGCAGGUGUCUUCGGAGAAUUUCACUAAUUGUAUCUGCUUUUAAUUCUAGACAGACAUUUAGUUAUUUCUUCGGCACAUCAAGGUUUCACGGAAUAUUGAUUUUUCUCUUGUUUAGAUAUUUGUUGAUGAAGGAGGCUGGUUAUCCAUUCUUGACCAGAGUGUUUCUGUGAAGGUUUUCAAUUCCUUCUUUGCACAUGUGGUAGAUUCUCGUUGCAAGUGGAGAUACGAUGAGAUUUAUUUUUCUGCUUAUUUGAACAAAACGGUGGAAGUUUGUCAGCUGUCCAUUCUAUUUGGAUUAUGGUAGAUCAAUCUUUGUAGACUUCCAUCUUAUGGUCUUGGAAGCUGCACAUCUUGGAAGGAUAACUUGCCUUCGCAUUCCGCUUCAGUUUUCAAUUCAUUCGAUCUAUCAGGCUUGUUAACAAUUUCCAAGAAAGAUGCGUAUUUGCAUCGAUGUAUCGCUUAUAAACCUUAAAACGAUUGACUGUUGAUUGUGCCGGGGCUUAUCACUCAAGGUCCAAGUCAGUCACGAUCAUCACUAGCAAGAAGACCAAGUCAGAUGGACGAGUCUUUAGAAAGACUACCACUUCCAGCUGCUGCGCAGCAUCAUCACUCUGAGGAAAAGCAAAGAUUUCAGUUCCCCACUCAUGAAGUCAAGCCAUUAAUGCCGUCAAGAUCAAGUUUACACGAUGCAGGUGAUCUAGAAAUGGACAGUUUUAAUCCAAGUGAACCACAAAGUGCUGCAAUUCAUCGUCCUUUACGUCGUUCUGAAGGGAUACCGAAGUUUCAGUUCCCAACUCAUGAUGUUAGACCGCAAAUGCCACCGAGGCGUAUGGAGUCAGAUGUUUUGGAUAUGGACGAUUAUGGUUUACGAGAACCACAAUCUUCGUUUAGACAACCUGUUCACAUCGAUGAACCUUUAAGACCUUUUGUUCCUCGUCGAGUUGAAGGGAAACAAGGAUUUCAGUUUCCAAGUUAUGAUAUGAGAUCAGCACCACUACCAUCACCAGCAGGCCGUUUGAGACGAAGUGAUCAAUACGACAAUAGUGAUGUGGAUAUGAUGAAUGGAUUCGGAGUUGAACGUCCAGGAUCAUCAAUUCACGAUGUUGCUCCUACAGACUAUAGCGUUUAUCAUCAGCGUCAUGAAGAGAGGUCAAGAUAUGAAGGUUAUGAGGGUGAAACAUUUUUGACGCCAAGACCGGUUAGAGAGAGUGGAAUGAUGCAGAUGAAUGAUCAGGGUUUUUACCGUCCCCUGCCUGCUGCAUCAUCAAUACGCCAAUCAAAAGUUGAGCGUAGAUCUUCUCUACAUGAAGAAAGUGUGCAGAUGGGGAUGGUGCCUCCACCAAUGACACUACCAACAGCAUUACCACGACGUGCUCGUGAUAAAUUACCGUUCGAAGAAUCGUCAGCAUCACUGUAUUCUGAUCGAACGGAGAGAAGAACACUGCCAUUGUAUUUCUUGAGGAAAACAGAACCUAAAAAGAAAGCUGAACGGAAAGCAGCACAGCAAGUGAUUCCAAGGGAACGAUCACGUGAGAAUAGAAAAAAGAAAGGAAAGCGACCGAGUCUUCAUUGCGAUUUUUGUGAAAUAAAAUUUGAAAAUAAAGCAGCGCUAGCUAAGCAUUCUAAACUUGAUUCGCAUAAAAAGAAUUUUAUUUUAUUCAAAGAAACUUUGGCAAAUAUUAAAAAUAGCGAAGGAGAUGAUGAUGUAGAAUUCGAUGAUGAAGUUGCCUAUCUAGAGGAGAGUAUUGGUGUAAAAAACAUUAAAAUCCAUUGUAACCUAUGCAAGAUGACAUUCCGUAAGAAAUCGAUAUAUGUUCAACAUUUGGCGUUUAAACGGCAUAAAUUGAAAGCUCGAAUUAUUCAGUCAUUGAAAAAGACAAAAGGCGAUCGUGAUCAAUUAUCACCUGACAAUCCAUUAGGUUCAUUCUUUCAUUAUAUCAAUUCUGAUACGCAAACAACCCUGCUCGGUGAGAAAGAGGAGAGAAAUGUGACCCUUGUGAAAUCCAAAGAGAAUUUAUUCUGUCUUAAAUUUUUAGACCUAAGACAUUUGUUAUCCGAAGAACCGGGUCCUGUAGGAGAAGAAUAUUUAGAAGAGUUGGAUGUGUCAGCAUCGUCAAGAGAUAAACGAUCUUAUCGUUGUUCCCUAUGCAAUGAAAAUAUAACUGGUGUCGAUAAUUCGGAGAAGCAUUUGUAUAGUGUUAGUCAUCAAGAAGUAUUCAAGAAAAAUGUGAAUCCAGAUUGGGAGCUUCAAAUACCACUGAAAUCAUCAUCAUCAUAUUUCCAUGUGUUAAUGGAUCUUUGGGGAGUUUGUAAAGAUAAGUAUAAAACGGAACUGAGUAAAUGCAAGGAAACUGCUUCAUGUAUAUGUGGUUGUAAAAUUCAACGUUUUAAUGAUUAUAAAAGGCAUUUCCGUAAAGCAUUUGUACCACCACCACCUAACUUACCAACAAAGAAUUCACAAGGCUAUGCUGAAGGGAAAGAGAAAUGGAUGAUAAUGAAUCAUAGAAUUGCUUUCCGUGAAUGUAUGAAUUUGAUUAAAUUAUUCACUCUGCCGGAGGAUGUCAUUGUAGCGAAAAGAAAAAGUGCAAUGGAAUUGGUUGGAGAUACAACUGACGAAACUCCUGCUGAUGGUGAUACUGCAACCACCGAGACUACUACCGCCGCUUCUUCUGCUGCCGCUGACGCUGUUGGUGGUACUACUUCUAAUACUACGACUACUACACCUCCUUCUGUGAAGAUGGAUGAGUCAGUUAAGAAGGAGGAAGAAGAGCAGGCAGCGACAGCGGCAGAGGAGGCAGUCAACGCGAUGAAACAGGAGGCAUCGAAUUAG